AUGCUCCCGCAAGAGCGAAGGGUUUCCCAACGAGUGGGCGUGGCUCAGGACGGGCGACAGGUGGGUGAAGGAAAGGAAUCAGGAAACGGGGCAAAACAAGUCAAUAGUUACGGAAUUCAAAGGAAAAGGAAGAUGCCAGACAGGGGAAAGCACCAUCAGAGGAGUGAUGCAGAGCACAGGAGCAGGGAUUACUCCCACAACGAACAGUCCCUGUAUACAAAGGGACGAGGGCCWGCUGGGGACAGGAGGGCCGAAGAAGACAGAAGGGUGACAAGUCCUGCUUACAAGGAGGAACCUGCAUACAGAGACCAUCAGCAUGAAAGAUCCUCCAGGCUGCCCAGAGAGACGUCAGUGUAUCACCCUGAUGCAGAAUAUUAUGUGCAAGAUCACAGAAAGCCCCUGUACAAUUUCAGAUACAUCCUGACAGCAAGAGGUAUCUGCCAGAUCAUGCAGUUCUUUGUGAACUUGCUCAUUGUAAUCUGCGCCGGUGUACCGUACAGCAACAAUGGUGGUUACCGUGACCUGGCCAGCCUCGGUGGAAUUUACUAUUAUCAGUUCGGAGGAGCCAAUGCCUUCACUGGAGCCGACGCAGCCAAGGUGAAAGMGCUAGACAGCCUGUUCCACCAGCUCAAGCGGCCCCCGUAUGUCUUCGCGAUGGUCUUUGCCGGGGUUUUGAUGGUCUACGCCUGCGUCRUGUUUGCCCUGGGAGUUUUCCGAGUCCCUUAUCGCUGGCCUCCGGUGCUGCUGGGGGAGGCUCUGCUGAGCUUCCUGAUUGGCUUGGGUUACAUCCCUGCCCUCGCAUUCUACUUUAUUAAAAUACAGGCGACUUACAAUGAUCCCAUCUGUAAGGAAAGAGAGCAGAUGUACAGGAGCAAAGGACACAAGGGCUUUGACUGCCAGUUUAAUGGUGCAGACAUUGCAGGAGGACUCUUUGGAGUGUCAGGGGUUUUUGUUUUUAUWUUUGGUGCAGUGUUGGCAUUCAGAGCCUUCAGGUCAGUGCGACAGCUUAGAAAGCAAAGUUCAAAUGAGAACGAGGAUUAUCAAACUGGCUUUUCUCUUCCACGUUUGAGGGAAAGCUAAGCUGAMUGGAAGUCUGACAAAAAUGAGGCGUUUAUGCAGCUAUGCUAAUAAUUACACAAGUACUGUGUUUUCUAUAAAAUUUUAAUACAAUUUUAGAAUACUCGUAUUUUUAUACCUCUUCUUACUUUUUAUAGCAUUUUUUAAUUGAUUGUACUUAAAACUUGUUACAAUAUGUAUUAUGAGUUUUUGUCUAUUAAAAGGUGGAUUAAAAU